AUGGCCCAGUUGGAAUCCCAACGCCGGACCACCGAACAUCAUGACCAAGGACUGCGAGCAGCUGCUGCGUCCUCUGUCAUGCAAGCCGAAGCGUUGGAAGACAUGCGAUGCCGUACGAGUGCCAGAUGGCAUGUCUUUACGGCUGCCCCACCGCCACUUUCGGUGCAAGUACCUGCGUCACUGGGUGUACAAAUGGUCUAUGGAUUCCAAGCGGUGCCCAAGGCCCCGACGUUUAAUGGAAGCACAAAGCAAGUCUACCAGAUACCUCUCAGCGGCUGUAUCGAUCCGCUGUCCGUGGAGUGUAUCGCCUUCUGGGAGAUUGGCAAGCCAAGCCAUGAGCUAACCGAGGAAGACUGGCGAGACUUUUCCCUUGGAGCUCGCAUUGUAGAUCCUGUAGAUAUGACCAAGCUCAACCAAGCCAUGGGGAAGCUCAGGAUGGACAUCUCAAUCCUGUCAUCCGAAUCACGUGUCUCAAAGCUGGUUAGCUUCGAGGCUACGCUGGUUCGUCUCAACUUGGAAGGUUUCGCUGAGUCUGAGCCCAAGCUUACGGUGGAUUUUCUGAUGGCUGCUAUCAUGCCACCUGCUGUGCAGAAGCGUGUGCGUGAGCUCAUGAAGAUUUAUGAGAACCGUGGCUACAAGAAGGACGCCCGAGCGUUCAAGAACUGGCUCGCCGAAUAUAUGCGUCGUUACGGCGAAUUCGAGCCAUUGGUACAGGCUACCCCUCUGUCUCCUAGGCCUACGCCUGACAAGACUGGUGACAAGGGCGGAAGAGGGUCCCUAAAGGACGGGAAGUGCUUCAAGUGUUUGAGCACUGGUCACAACGUGUUCAAGUGUCCCAAGGUGGCCGAUGGCGAAGCCCGUCUGUUGAUGGAUCGGGCCAAGGCCAUCUGGGCCGAAGCCAGAGGCGAAGGCAAGACGGAGAAGGCGAUAACCAUUGCCAAAGAGGUGAAGACAGUUGAGCCGAGUGAAGAAUCCGCCGUCUUGUGUGCUGCGCGUGUGGUCUGCACAGCCAGCCAGGCUGUAGCUCUGGAUGCCUCGUUCGACAGUGGUGCGGACCAGAGCGUGAUCCCUCCCAAGACGCUCCAGAUGUUGAAGGACGCCGGGCGUUUUGUGGGCCAUACGGUGGCCCAAGAAGUCAAGCUGACGCUCAAGUUCGAGGCCGAUGUUGGCUCCCUGGUAUUGGCUAACGUCAAGUGCUGGCUCUCUGUCGGUAACCUGCCAGCUGGUGUGGGUGACAUCCUGCUUAGCCGUCCUAUCAUACACAAGCUAGGCUACGACCCGCAGUCUAUGCUACGUGAAGCUGACGCGGUGUGCAGCGAAUACGACAUGGAAGACGUGGAGUCUACCAGUGCCGAAGAGGAAGAAGCUUUGGUGCCCAUGGAGCUGGCCGCCUGUUUUCCCGAUAUGACGCCGGUCGAUCCAGCUGUAGAACAAGCCAAGGUUCAGGCGGUGCUGGAUGCCAGGGUGGCAGAAGCUCUGGUAGCUGGCUGUGGUGCUGAGUUUGCCCUGGGUCUAUCCAAGCUCCUAGCCAAGUAUAUGGACGUUUUCUGCCUUACGCUUGGCCGCGACCCACCGGUGGACAUGCCACCUUUAAAGGUGCAUCCGACAAAGAACUCCAAGCCUAAGCAUGUGGAAGAGCUGGAGAAGGCUGGUUUCAUCUAUCGAAACCCAGCCAGCCGAUGGGCGUGUGCCCCUCUGAUUGUGCGCGAGUCUCAUACCAAGGACGAAUUCCGUAUGACGGUGGACCUACGCCCAGUCAACAGCCAGACGGAGCAGAUUGCCUGGCCUAUGCCCAUGUUGGAAGGCUACUGGCAAUUCUCCUUGGAUCUAAGCUGCCAAGAGAUGUUCUCGUUCCUUACGGACACUGGUGUCUACACAUCUUAUCGGGUGAUGCAAGGUGGUAGCGAUAGUGUGGCCUAUUGCCAGGCUACGGUUCAAGCCAUGUUCGCUGAGCAGCUGUACAAGUGCCUGUUAACCUGGUUGGACGACCUCCUGGGCUAUCACAAGACACCAUCUGGCCUGCUGUUGACCCUAGCUGAAGUGCUUGAAGUUUGCGCCAAACGUGGCCUGAAGCUACACCCAAAAAAGUGA